AUGUCGAUAUCGGUCUCCAUCGGGCACACCGGCCAACGUCUGCCACUCGACCCAAGCCUGACGGGCACGCUCGAAGCCGUGAAAUCAUGGAUCGCCGCGCAGACCAACAUCCAACCGCGUAGUCAGAUCUUGCUCACGUCGCAGGGAAAGCAAGUCCGCACCCAGACGCUCUUGACCGAGAACGAAUUAUUCGUAUUCGACUCGAGCUGGUUGAAUGGCAAGAAAGCCGCGAGUCCAGUCAAGGAGCCCCCAAGCUUGAGUGCCAGCUCCGAAGACGCCAGCAGCCAUUUCAACCCUGGCCCAGCGCCCGACACCAUCACGAGCACCAACGAUCUGGCAUCAUGGCAGAAUCUGUUCAGAGUCAGGAGGAACUGGGCGGCCGGCCUGCUCGAAGGCUGCAGCGCGCGCGCAAAGCAGGCCGAGCAGUAUCAAAGCGAAAAGGCGGUGAUCGAGCGCUGUCUCGCUGUUGCAGUCGCGAGUUUGCAGCACCACAUCAAGAGCGCCGACAAGCACUAUGCAGCUGCUGAGGCGCGAGCCAGCGAGCUGUUGCAAGAGCAGCAAGCGCACGCCGACAACUGGGAGCGCAACUUGGAGAGCCUGCGCAAUAUUCCAGCCAGACCUGACUUCACGCGCUUCAUACAGCCCAUGCACAUGUCAACUGCUUCGCGGCGGCAAUCGCAGCAGCAGCAUAUCACCACGCUGCAAGGCUAUGUGGACGUGGUGACUGUCAAGCAGGCCGCAAGUGCAGCCAGAGCUUCCAUGAAUACACUUGGCAGUAAGUUGGACGCUAUGCGUGACGAGCUGGACUCGGCCACUAGUAACAGCAAUGACCUGCUGCAAGCUGUAGACCAGCUGAGCAAUGAUUCCGUGAACGAAAGUGCCUCUGAACCCGCUCAGCUAAUCGAAGAGAUCGACAUGGUUGUGAAAAAGAUGGCUUCCGAUCUAGAACAUGUACAGUCACUGCCUAAAACCUCUCAAGCUUGUGCUCAGGCUUCAAAAAUGGCCCUGCUUCACACCCGCAACUACCUUCCCAAUCUCAAUGACUAUUGCGGCGAGAUGAACGAGCUGGUACAGCAAGCGAAACGAGGUCGCGACGGUGCUGCUGAUAUUGCUCUCGAGCACAUGCGAACGCUAUCUAUGAUCGAAUCCCAGCUUGCCAAGCUGUACCAAGACGUCAAAGAAAUCGAUCUGCCCGAGGACCAGGAGGCAUCUUUGGUGACGCUCAGCAUAGUAUCGCGACUGCCUUCGGUUUAUGGCCAUCUGCUUGUUGAGUCAGUCCGGCGGCGAGAGUGGGUGGCGAAGAUGAGACGAGACUCCAUGACCCUGCAGGAAGAAGUUGCUGUCUAUCAAGAGGAGGAAGAGAAGAGAAGGAAAAAGUGGAUGCGCAAUGUCGAUGACCUUGUCUCAGCAGAAGCCUUGCAGAGUCGGGUAUUAGGCAUCGAACUCAGUCUGCAGAAUGAGGGCGGAAGUUGGCCCAUGGUCACAAGAGAAGAGCUUGACGAGUAUAUCAAGACACUGCUCGAUGUCUUCGGUGCGGGACCGGUGAUAGACGAGAUCGACUUGGCAGUCAAAGACUUGGACAAGCCUACUCGGAAGCAGAUCAAGCACGCACGCGCUUUCAAAAAUGGCAGCAUGCACGAAGCUGCAUUUGGCGACACUUCUUUGCUGCUCCGUGGUCAUGAUGCAAACAAGGCCCUCCAAGACAGCAAUUCUCGCCUUGAGGAGGAGCGUCGCGGAUCGUUGGUGCAAGGCCAGAGCAACGAAGAGAGACGACUUGCUAAGCGUGUAGUCGAUCUUGAAGCAGAGCUGCAGGCACGCAACGAUGAAGCAGCCUCGCGAAAAAAGUCAGAUGCAGAGAUACAAAAGCAAGUCGAUGAAGCUAUAUCCACUAAGAAGGAUCUCAUGGAGAACAUGGAUGCUCAACAGCGCGAGUUUGCCAUCGAGAGGCGCAAUCUCGAAACAGAGCUGCGUGAAGUCAAGGAGAAGCUCGAAGAAGCUGAAAACGAGGUGGAGAGGCUGAUGGGCUCUAGGGAUGGCAUUGAUGAAGAGAUUGCACGUUUGAAAGAGGACGCAUCCGGCCACGCUGCAAGAGCUGCGACCGAGCAUGACGCUCGUGGAGCUUUAGAGAGGAAAUUGGAGCAGGCCCAGACUGCACGACGGCAGGCCGAGGAAGAAAUGCAGAGGAUGCGCGCGGAACAAGAGCGAAUUCGUGAAUCUGAAGCGGAGCAUCUGCAAACACUUGCAACAACGCAUGCGCACCUUUCACCUGACGCUGAGUCUCCGACGGGAUUGCUUGGUCUUUCUGCUGCACUCGAAGAGCUUGCACGCAGGUCAGCGACUCACGCUAAGGAGCUUGAGGAUGCUGUGGCGUUUGCGAAGUCUGAAAAUGAAAGCCUCUGGUCAAGUAACGAACGACAGAAGAAUGAACUGGCGACUGCUGCACAGAAACAGGCAGAAGCUGAGGAUGAGGUCCGACAAGCGCAUGAAAAGUUGUCUUUCGAAGAGGCAAGGGUCAAUGCCUUACAGGAGCAGCUCAGUGAGGAACAAGAGCAGCUGCGCUCGCUCCGCGAUAAGUUUGCGGAGGGUGAAACUGGCUCUGAGGUCCUGCGACAGCGUGUAGCUGAAGAAGAAGGCCGUUCUGCUAAGCUGCGGACUGAGCUUGCAGAGGCAAAGUCACACAUCACCAGCCUGGAUGUCGAGCUGAUGAGAUUGCAAAAGAAGCACAAGCUCUAUCAGAUCAACGCCGAUGCUUCAUCGGAGCGCCUGCAAAAGCGUGCUGAUCGGGCGAAAGAGAUAUCACAGAAGCUGUACACGCAGAACUUGCGACUUGGCCGCUUGCUGGAGAGACUUGGACUGGUGGUGGCGUACCAGGGUGAGUCUAUGAGUGUCGAACGCGCCUCGAAGAUGGCUGCGAGCACAACCAUGAUCGACCCAUCAAUGCACAUGAGCCGGCAGGCAUCUAUGACUUCGCCGUCGCCGACCAGGAAGUCAUCCGCAGCCGAUAAUGAGCCUGGAACUGAUCUCCGACUACUGCAUUGGCCCGAUGCGCAGACUGCUGAGGAAGAAGCAUCUCAAUAUGAAGCCUUCCUUAACCAUGUCACUCGCUUCGAUCUGGAUGUCUUCUCUGAUGCCAUUACAAAACGUGUCAAGGAUUACGAAUACACAGCGAAGAAGUACAGCAAGGAGUCGAAAGACUCUACCAAGCGUGCGGAUGCGUAUAGAGAGCGUGCUCUCAAGCUUAGGAGCGAAGCACACAACAAGAUCGCAGUUCGUGAUUUCAAAGAAGGAGACAUGGCACUCUUCCUUCCGACCAGAGGCGGCCAGGUUAAAGGUGCAUGGGCUGCAUUCAAUAUUGGUUGUCCGCACUACUUCCUCGCCGAGCGUGACGGCAUGAGACUUGGCACUCGCGACUUCAUUGUCGCGCGUAUCCAGAAAGUCGAGCAGAAAGUGGUCGACCUCAGUGGUCAGCGUGCAGCGGCCCAGAUGGCUGCCGAUGGACGAAGCAUCGACGACGCAAGCGCCUCCUCCAUGCAGGACGAAGACGACAAUCCCUUCGAUCUGUCAGACGGCCUGACGUGGUGGAUGGUUCAUGCUGUUGAGGAGCGUGUCGCAGGCGCAGCACCCACCACGCCCGGCCUCGGCAAAAGCACUGUUUCCACCGCCACUGUCGACGCCAAAGGCAGCAUUCGCAUCAAGAGGAGCAGUAAGAGUGACGACGCCAGCAAGCAUCUCAACAAGAGCCUGGACUCCCGUCGCUCAAGCAGUAAUUCGAAGAAAGGUGUCACAUCCACUGGCGCAACUGGUAGCGCU